AUGUCCAUUCCUUGUGCCCCUGGUUGGAACGACCCACCAGCGCUUGUGCUGGGCGUCUCUGACAGCGCAGCAUCAUCACGGCGCCCCCGUCCGCGCGUAUUCCACUCUGUCGAUGGUGUUGGAGCCGCCGGUUCCUCUGUGGCGGGUGGGGUUCACUCCAGUAUUGGUUCUGUACCUCCAAUCUUCCCUCAGGUCCCGCCUCUCUCUAGCGGGCACCCUUUUGUGCCGCAAACACCACUUCAUGUUCCCUUGAUGCCCCAACAGCAGCAGCAGUUGCCGUCUCCACAGUCGCCACCAAACAAUGACAGCACCUCUACACUUUCUCGAUUGUCUGCUCAAGUCAAUAAGGUUCUGAGCGACUCUUCUUUAGAGAUUCCAGGAAAGGAGGUGAUUUUGGCCUCCAUCUCCUCCCUUCAUUUGGACAUCUCUCUGAAUCGGCUAUCGACGGGCGCUAUCGAACUUGUAAAGCAAUUCAUUUCAUUCCUUGAACUGAAGGAUUUCAAGCGAGCUGAAGACACUCUCAAUGUAAUUAAGCAACAACAAGAGGCGGUGAAUUGGGCGGUGGCUCUGCAUUACCUGAUGUACUACGGUCACCUGCAAGCCUUGAGACGAUGA